AUGCCUCCUCCAGCCUCCGAUGCAAAUUCACAAACCUGGGAGAUCGAAGACAGUAUGGUCAUGUCCUGGCUCAUUACCUCAAUGACUCUUGAAAUCGGAGAGAAUUUUCUUCUCUACAAAACUGCUCAUGAAAUCUGGAAGGCAGCACAGGAACUCUACUCCAGCAAGCAAAAUACCUCUGCAAUAUUCGAAAUCGAGUCAACUCUUCAUAACCUUCGACAAGGAGAACUCAGUGUCACCCAGUAUUACAGUAUCCUUAGUCGAAAUUGGCAGCAGAUGGACGCAUUCAAAGAGCGUCACUGGAACUGCCCCGAGGACGCGAAAAACUUCAAAGUGUUUGUGGAAAAAAAGCGAGUCUUCAAAUUCCUGCUAGGGCUAAACAAAAAUCUUGACGCGAUUCGGAUAUGUGAUCUAAGCACCAAACCCUUACCGAGUCUUCGAGAAGUUUUUUCUGAGGUUCGACGCGAGGAAAGUCGUCGGAAGAUCAUGAUGGGAGAGAAUGACCAACCUCACCAGAUUGAAAAUUCUUCAGCUCUCAUAACCCGAGCGAUUGACAGUCGAACGAAGAAGACAAGGUCCUGGUGCGACCAUUGUCGGAAGCUAGGGCACACUCGGGAAUGUUGCUGGAAGCUUCACGGCAAGCCAAGUGACUGGAAACCACCUUCAGAAAAAGGACAGGUGUGGGUGGUAGAUUCUGGAGCAUCUGAUCAUAUGAGUGGCGAUUUCUCAAUGUUCCAAAAUUACAGAAGAUGUGAAGAAAAUAUUUCAAUCAGAAUUGCAGAUAGUUCUCUCUCAAAAGUGGCAGGAAUGGACUCUGAUUUGGACUCGGGGAGGACGAUUGGCAAUGCUAGGAUGAGUUCGGGAUUAUAUUUGCUUUAA